UGCUUAACCCUACAGUUUCGAGACUAUUUUCAAAAUUCUCUAGAGUUUAAAACAUGACUUACAACCUGUGAUUUGCAAGAGUGCAAAAUGUUGGUCCAUCUGCUGACCCUGGGCUGCCUGUUGGCCCAGUUCGUCCUGGGGAUUUCGGGGGAGUUCGAGGCGGUCAACUGCUCGCACCCCCUCGCGAAGCUCACGGCCUGCGGCAGGUUCAGCCCCAACGGGUGCUGUGCCAAGGGGUGUGUGAGGAACCUCCGCGGGCGCUGUGUCCAGGAGCAGUGCACCGCAUCCUGGACCGCCUGGCUGCGCAGGCCGGUGACCAUGAGCUGCUACUUCCACUGGUUCCUGCUGAUCUUCGCCGCGAUCAUCACCGCCAUCAUGAUGGGCCUGGUGGUGUGCAACGUGGGCUUCGAGGUGCGGCGCUACCUCCGCCAGCGGAGGGUCGAGCGGUUCAGGCGCUUCAGGGACCUGAGCGGGGUCUCCAUCGGAUCCACUCAGUGCUAGGACACGUGUGAGAACCAGGACUUUGGGGAUAAGGACGGGAAGUGCCCGAGGGAUUUGCCAUAAUCUGCAAUACAUUAGCGGCAGCUUUGCUCUGGAUUCCAAUUCAAUUCUUCGGGUAUCCCGGCCAAAGCCAUGUAAAUUACGAUUCGCCACCUCGGAAAUCCUAUUAGUAGUUAAAACCUGAUUAGGAAAUACUUGCGGCCGAGGUUUGGGUUCACAUUUGCCGAAAGCAAAUAAUAAUAAAUGGCCCUCACAUGCGAAAUGCUUUGUGGCCGUGUGCCCUCCAGGGUGACACCUCCAGUCGAAGGUGGAGCUCGAAUUUAGAUGGCGAUGGAGCCGAGUCAAAGGUGCAAUAACCCAACCGAACGGGCACAUAAAACUAAAUGGCUGCGGGUUGCGUCAGUCCCCAGCCCCCAUGGAACCCCAGCUCCUUUCUCCCGGAAUUCAGUUGCUAUUGCGGUGGAGAUAACACCCAUAAGGGUACACCCAAGGACAUGCAGAGAGCAGCGAAAAAUAAUUCAGGAAAGUCUUAUGAGCAUGGGUUAGGGAAAUUUA